GGUUUUCUGCAUGCGGGUGCCGCGGGGGUGCGCUGGCGGCGGCACGCGGCUCGGUGUCGGCGCUGCUGCGCGCGCGCGCCUUCGCUCUCGUCUCGCCGCGCGCCAUAUCCGCGUACCGUGCGAGGCCCAGCACUGAGAGCGGCAGGAUAGGCGCCCAAUAUGAGCGCGCGGCGGCUCGUCCGGGUACGCCUCUGCGGCUGGCAGGGGUAUUUGCCGACGGCAGCAAAGCGAAGGCUCCUAAAUAUGCGCAGCUCAUCGACCCUCAGGGCAAUGAGCUGUUUGUCCCGAUAAACACAAAAGGCGAAAUGUACGAAGUCUGUCCCGAAGAACUGUCACCGGCGGAAUGGGAGGUGGGAGAGGCGCCACCCACCGCACCCCCUGACGCAGCGGCACGCGCGCAUCGAUUACCACACCUGCUGAGCUUGUGGCGCCUUCCCACCAGGGUUCGACUGUUGGCCGGCACCGUUCCUAUUGAAAUGGCGCAUGAUGUUGGAGAUGACCUUCUGCUGCGGGCGGCCAUGACAGAGCCAGUGUUAGUGAUGUGUACUCUGCCGGAAUACGGGGUCAUGUCCACCAGCCCCACUAAACAAGUGGAUCCUCGUUGCCACGCCAAGGAGGCACUCCAGCUCCUCUCACUCAACAGUUCCAUUAAAAUCCGCCGCACGCAACUAGGCUUUGAGUCCGAGAAAAGGAUGUUCCUCUCCGCCCGCCUCCAGAAAGCACUAACCUUCUGUCAACUCAAUGUUGACAACUGGAUCAGGCAGAUCUCUUACGCUCACACCACGGCCGUCGGCAAAGCGAAAACAGCCGAAGACCUCAUCAAGGAAGAUCACGAACCAGUCAAGUUCGAGAAAGAACGCAAAUUCACAUUACAGGGAUUAAAAAUCGAUACAUCAAGGCUUUUCGGCAAAAGCGAGAAGGUCCUAAAAGACAUACCGGAUGAAACUGAAGGAUCGAUAAUUUUUUUAAGCAAAAACGAACUCGAGCACAUGAACUAUGAUGUUUAUAGCGAUGAUGAAGGUAAAGAAGAUAAAAGCGAAGGCAAAGUUGAACAAGAAACAUUUUCGAAUGAAAAAAUGCAUGUUUUUAGAGAAGACUCCGGGCAGAAAAAGACCAAAUGGUUCAAGAAUUUGAAGUUAAUGAAGAGCACGGAAAAGCUGACCGACGAUAAAAUAACUGCGAUAGAAAAUAGUGGUAAAUACAGAGAUAGAAAAGAUCCAUUCGAUCCAUUAGGAGAAAAACACAGUUCUAUUGAAAGGUACCAAGAUAUGGCUAAACUUAUUGAAGAUAGGUUUGGUGGUUUGAGAAAGAACGAGAAUGGCACGGCAGAGAAAAGUCACUCUUACAAGUCUCUUACUACAUCUUCUUCUGAUAUGGGAAAUAGUCAUUGUAGUUCUAACCCUAAAAAACCAGUAUUGACGAAAUCCGUCUCUGUUCAAACUGGAAUGCCUGACAGUCCAUACACGGAAGACAGUGGCAUUAACAUGAAGCACGAAAGAAAGAAUCUCAGUGUUGAUCAGAUUAAUUAUUGCGGUUCAAUGGAAAGCGAUACAAGUUCCGGAAGAAAACUCAAAUCUCUUGAUGAGAACAUGUUGAAGAAAUCCGCAGCGACAAAAUCAUCCUCCAACCUUGAAAGACGACAAAGGAUACAGCCAGAUCUAAUACCAGAAAAGGCCAUGGUGAACUCGGAAUCCUAUAAUCAAAUACAGAGCUGUGAAGAGAUAAAUAUGUUUGGAGUGGGCUCUUUAUACAACGACAAUGAUUUUGAAAUUAAUUACAAACAGCAUUCAUUCAUAACAGAGAAGUUAUGUUCCGAGUUUCAUGUCAAAACGAAAAGAGUACUCAGUAAGUCUACUUCUAACCUCCUUCAUCCUAAAAAACUGGAAAAAGGGAAAGAGGGCAAUAGCAACAGCAUGCCAACAAAAACCGAAAGGUCCAGUGAUGGAGACAAAUUUAACUUUAGGAAGAAAAUUGAUAAACCAAGAGCACCCACACCUAAAUCUGAACUUGAAGAUGAAUUGACAGCCGUUGAUAUAUCUGAAGAAGAACCUCAUACUCAAGUAAAAUUAAGAAGAUCUAUUUCAUCAAUACAGAAGCGAAAACUGCCUGUUAUAGAAGAUUUACCUUAUGGACAAGUAGCUGAUGCUGUAGAAGUUGAGGAAGAAAAGAUAGACUCGGACGCCAGCUCGGACAACAUCUAUGCUGAAAUAUGCACUUCUGGAAACAAGACCAGUGACGAAGAAACUUACGACAGCAGUGUAGAUGUCUUAGCUAACGACCCGGUAAUAUGCAACGUGAAAAAAGAAGUAAUAAUCCGAAACGAUGAGAGAGCCCGGCAGAUGAUUGAAAAUCAAGAGAAUCCUUUCAGACAUAUUGAAGUUGUCGUCAUAGAAAAGACGACAGACUUCGAUUUGGACAAUUCAAGUAUAACAUCUAGUGAAUUAGAUGAUUUUGGAAGUAAAAACGAUGUUUCCAUAGCCAUAGAUUCUUGGGAACGCGAUAAAGGUGUUGAUCACUGUGAACAGAAAAACCAUGCUAUAAGAUUAGAGAUAACGAGUAAUAUGGACGACUAUCCUGUGGAGAAUAACAGUCAAAGUUUAGAACGGACUCCUGUCCAAUUAAGUAAAGAUAGUGAUUUAAGUUUUAGUAACAGUAUCCAUCUAAAUGGUACAUAUCCCAACGAAGCCAUUUACGAUACGUUGAAAUAGGUUAGUAUUGGGUAAUCUAACAAUUCUUCUUACUUACAGAGAAUACGGUCAGAUACUUAAAAGUGGUAUCGACAAAUGCUCUGAUAAGCAAUUGAAUAUUCCUAUCAAUCUUUACACACUUGUUGGUCGACGAAUAUUUACGACUUUGAAAUGUGAAUAAACAUAUCUGGUAUAAUUAGAUGCUGAUUGAGACUAAUUUAGAAAAUAGUUGAACAUCCUUGAAUUUGUAAAAAGUGGUCAACAUAAAUAUCUCUCUAUUUUAUACAGAUAUGUAUUUAUUGUAAAUGAAAAGGGUAUAAGAUAAUAUAGGGCGCUGCAAAAAGUGUAGUAGAACUACACGGAAGAACAAACUCACGAGGUUAUUUUGUAAAAAAAAAAUUGUAAUCAAUUUUGAGUGACAUUUGCAAAUUUUUUUUAUAAGUAUUUUUUUAAAGAUCCUUGUAAUGCUAGUUCCUGGUGCCUUUUUAUAGUAGUCUGCAGAUAUACUAGUUGCUGUAAAGAGCCUUCUCUCAUGUUCAAUUAAGAUUUUCUAUGUACUUAUACAGUGUAAUCGCAUAAAGUGUUUCAUAGUCGUAUUUUUGUUUAUAUUACCACUAAGAUCUACCGUCAAUGACAAUAAUCUACAUGGUGUAUGUUUUUGAAUAAAUCGUCGAUCUCUCUCACUCAAUUUUAAAGCUAAAUAAUCAGUAAAUAUCCAUUUUGCCAGUGGUCCUACUAGUAGAACCAAUCGGUAGGUCUACAGGGAAAAGGUAGUUACUCAUAUGUGAUUUUAAAGACAGCUUAAACUAGAAAUAAGAACGGGCAUAUAGUUGCGGUUUUUUUUGUAACAACUAAUUACUUACAAUGUUAGAUGUUUUUUAUUGUGUUAAUAAAAUUGACACAAAUGUACCACGAAUACCGCACAUUUUUUUUAGUUGUUAUGGCACCUAAGAUAAUUAUGUAAAAUUAUUUUUAGAAAUUGUGGUCGAUUGGAUGUCGAAUGACUUUAAAUUUUAUAGUAGGUACCUUAGUACAGUCAAGGGUGCGUCAUGCUUGACACUUUGUACUUUGAAUUGUCCAUAUCGUACGUAUUAACGAAGUAUAUUAGGGCUGGUAGUAAUUUUAUGAUCUUCUUUUUAAUAGGUAUCUGAUUUAUUAAAUAAAAUUUACUUUCAUUUAAAUCUUAAGUGUCAAGCUCCAAGUUCUCUUGACUGUUCAUGAUUUUACUAUUAUUAUUUUUCAAUAUGAACCACAUUAUAUCGUUUAAUUACACAAUUAUAUGAAAAAUGCAAAAUAGUUACUAAAAAUCAAAAUAUACAUGGUCAACAGCAGUUAACCGUGACACUUAAGACUUAAAUGCGAUUCUAUGCCGCUUGUAAUAAGAACAGUCCAAUGUCAAAAGUGUCAAGGUUGAUGUGCUAUUGACUUUAUGUAUUCCUCAAAAAUAUAUGUAUAAAAAAAUUGUGAAUUCAAAAAAAGCAUUGGAUAAGAUGACAUUUAAAUUAGACGAUUGUAGAAGCGCUGCAGUAGCGCGACAGGCGCACAUCUGUAGCGCUUCAGUAAUUUUUACUUCACCAACUGUGAGUGAAAAAGUGCGUGUGUCACGGCUGUGGUGCUGCAACUGCGCUUCUAAAUAUUGUAUGAUGGUGGCACCUGACAUGGCUAUUUGUAUUUGUGUAUUUGAUAUCUUUGGCAAAUAACCACCAUGUGUAGAUAGCAUGUGUGACAAAGUAUUUGCCUUGUUUGCCUAUUCGACAAAUACAGCAAACGCCAAACCGCGCGCUGGUCGGUUUCUCGAUAUACAUCAAAGGAGUCAAAUAGGCAAAUAAGCUAGUAAACCGUCCACACUAUAGUCAUAUUCAUUAUUUUAACUCCUUAUUUGGCUCCAUGUGUGGACGGUCAUAUUGGUCAGUAUCAACAUAUUUGUCCAUACGUCAAAUCUAGGGUCAGCGGAAGCACAUAAUAAGUAAAAAAAUAACAUCAUUAAUUUGAAUUAAUACAUCUACGACUAAUGAGUCAAAUUAAAUUGUUACUUCAUUAAUUUGUAACUUAAAUUCUAGUGGCGUCUUUUUCAAAUUUUUCAUUCUCUUCACAUCUUCCAAGAUUAAAAACAAUACAAAAAAUCGUUAUAUAUUAAAAAAUGAAGCACUUUUUUGAUCACGUGCUUUAAGUCCACCGCUCCUAGAUUUUUCCAAGUACAUCAAACACCCAAUAGCCAAUACAAGUAACCAUGAAGUGCCGCCAUGAAAAAUAAUAGUGGCGCGGCUGCAGUGCUACAGUGGCGCCACUGCAGUGCUUCUAUAAGGGUCUAAUUUGAAUGCACCCUAAUAGUUUCAUUUCAAACUUUAAUAUCAUCGUUUUAUUUCAUUUUAUUGAAAAUAAUGAUUUUAUUACCAUAAUAUUCGUAUAUUUUUUAUACAAAGAUCAGCAACAAGCACUUAGAGAAAGUCGCAAGAGCGAAGAAAUAUUUCUAGUGUCGGCGGACUAAAAAUGUGCACAUCACAAAAGUGCUCCAUUUUGUGAAAUAUAAUUAAAUAAUUUUGUGUUAUUUAUGAUAUUGGAAUAUGUGAAGAGAAUGAUAAAUUCGAAAAAUACGCCAAUAGAAUUUUAGCUACAAAUGAAUUAGAUUCAUAUGCUUUAGUCGGUAGAUGUAAUAAUUUAAAUGAAUGAUAUUGGCGCUUUAGUCCGCAGACCCUAGAUUUAUUUGUCUGUGUAUCUUUGUAUCAACAAUAAUCCUAUUAUAUAUAUAUUUAAAACAAC